AAAAAAAUUGUUAAAAAAAAGGAGAGAAAUGGAGUAUGAGAGUUUUACUCAUAUAUUUCAUGAACACCCGCUGAGUCUGAUCCCUUUCUCAGCCCAAUUAGGAAGGAAAUACCGCCCUUGGUGUGAUGGUUGUGAUAGACACUUUUUACCUGGAGAUGCAACUUACGGAUGCAGCCUCAGAUGCGGAUUCGAGUGGAUGUUACACAAAGAAUGCAUGGAAAUGCCGCGAGAGAUUAUGCAUCCUAUCCAUCCUUCUCACCCUCUCACACUCCUUCAUUCAGAAGAAAUUUCAAAAUGUGCAGUUUGUGAAGAGACGGUGUUUGGGUUAAGAUACAGAUGUAGCCAAGAGGGUUGUGAUGGAUUGGAGAUCCACUUGGGAUGCGCGGGCUUUCUUACUGAUAAGCAGCCGCUUAUAUACCACCCGAGCCACCUGCAUCAGCUUCGGUUUUCCAAAAAAAUGAUAUUCCACUGCGAUGCUUGUGGCUCCACUCAGAAAGGAGACUCCUACAUCUGCACCAUUUGUGACUAUUGCAUACAUGAGAGCUGCGCACUUCUCCCACCGUCGGCGGACUUCCCUCAUCAUCACCCCAAUCACUCUCUCUCACUCGCAUUUACUCUCCCAUCUGAGUACAUCAAAUAUCAAUUUGAUUGUGCUAUAUGUAGCUUAACUUUACCGUUGAGACGUUGGGUCUAUCAUUGCCGUCUUUGCAGAUAUGUCGCCCAUCUCAAAUGUGUCACCUCCACAUUUGAUAAUGACAAUGAAAAUGCAAAUGCAAUUGAUGGGAAAGAGGCUACCAAGUUUCCAAUAGCAAUAGAAGACAUGUAUGAGGAGAUGAUCAAGCCAUUCGUUGAGCAACAAAAAGAGCAAAUUCUCAUCCCUCGUCAUGAUUGUGACAAUCACAUCAUCAGUGGCAAGUACAAAUUCUCCAAACACCCUCAUCAUCUAACUUUUUCUAUGUUUUCUUCAGCUUCAUCGUCUUCAUCACCAUCAUCACAUGAUCACUACAAAAGAGAUGAAGACGAUGAAGAUGAUUUUGAGAGUGUUCCAAGAUCUGAAUUAACGUGUGAUGGGUGCACAUUGGCUAUACAUGAAAAGAAGCAAACAAAUGGUGAUGGGUAUGAGAGUGGUUACAUGAGUUGUGAUGAAUGCAAAUACUUUCUCCACUUGUCUUGCUUCAACUUACCACUUGAGAUCCCCUAUCUUCCAAUUCAUUCUUUCUCAGAUCACAUUCUAAAGCUUCGAAGUGCUGGCAAGCUAACACGCUGGAUAGAGUGUCAUGUUUGUGAUAGUUAUACAAAUGGGCUCUAUUACCUCUGUACCAUUUGCUAUUUCAGAAUAGACAUCAAGUGUGCUUCUCUACCCAACACCAUAAAACACGCAGCUCAUCAACGACAUAAUUAUCUCAAGCUAGUCUCAGACGAGGAUUUUAUGGGUAUUACUUUAUGUGUUAACUGUAAUAAGUAUGGAUACACACGAAAGGGACACUUUAAAUGCAAUAGCUGUAGAUUCAGUGUGUGUGGUAAAUGUGUGAUGCAACCAGCAAAAAAUAAGCAUAGAUUGGAGAAUCACUUGCUGUCAUUGACAUAUGAUGCAUUUGUAAACCGUCCUGGUGAUUUCUACUGUAGCAACUGUGAAUGCCAAAUGCACCCCAGGAGCUGGAUGUAUCAUUGCCGAGACUGCGAUCAAUCCUUUCAUCCCGAAUGCUUUCCAGCUACGUCAGGUGAGUACAGAAAUAUCAAAUAUGGGGCAGAGCAAUAUGUGAUUUCCAGUAUCCAUGAUCACCCUCUUAGAUUUCAAAUCAUAACCAAUAAAACGAGGUGUGACCUAUGUCAUCGAGAUAGGUAUGAUUGGCCUGGAUUUCAAUGUGUGUCAUGCUUCUUUUUCGUGUGUAAAUCAUGCGGUCUGAAACACAUGGGUGAUGCGGCCAUCUGAUUGCAGCAUAUGUAGAUUGUUGUGUUAUGUUUUGUGCUAAAUGUGUGUUGUUCUUGUAUCUUACAAUAUACUAGUAUUUGAUUAAUAUUGUAUGCAAAAGAUUUGUAA